AUGUUGGUCCAAGAGGGAGACAUUUUGCUCUCAGAGGACAGGAACGCUGUGAAGACCAUAUGGUCAGACGCCACUGUCCAUUUCACCAUCAGUAAAGAACUGGCUCACCGAGAGUCAGAGGUCUACGCUGCCUUCAAGAUGAUAACAGAUGCCACAUGUAUUCGCUUCCAGAAACACACCAAUGAGCUGAACUACCUGAAGAUACAAGACGGCAAAGGCUGUGCAUCGUAUAUUGGCUGCCGGGGAGGAGUGCAGUCGGUCUUUUUUGGUCCAGCAUGUAGUGUGGGGAACCUUUGUCACGAGAUCAUCCAUGCUCUGGGAUUCUAUCAUGAACACACGCGAACAGACCGGGAUCAGCAUGUCACCGUGAACUGGCAGAGCAUCAAACCAAACAAGAAAAGGAACUUCAAGGUGAAACGUGGAGACACUUUCAACCUGCCAUAUGAUCUAAACUCCAUAAUGCACUAUGGGCAGUAUUUUUUCAGUGUAGAUGGAAGUCCGACUGUGUUGCCCAAACGGAGCGGAGUGAAGAUGGGUCAGAGGACUCAUCUGAGCCAACUGGACGUACAGAGACUGAACAAACUCUACCACUGUGGUAAAGACCUCUUAGCUACUGCCUGUCACCAAAUGUUUCACUUGACUUCAUUUUGCCCAACAACGCUAACACACAUUUCUUCUUUCAGACGAGCGGAUGAAAUAGCAGAAAAGGCUUUUGGUUACUAGCUGACAUUUGUUGGUGAGAUUUAAUAAAAAGGGUAAAACAAAAAAAAUCAAAUGCAAUCGUCUGCUUGGAGUGUCUUUCUUUCUCCACUUGGAUAGUAUGGAGUCACAGGAGUGUCACAAUAAAAGAUAAACCU